AGGUUCCAGUGCGGCCGCUGAUUGGUUGCCGAAGGCUUGGUCCCAUCCCAGUGACCCCAAAGUGCUGGAAGGAGGGGGCGGGGGUGGCCCAGUGCAAAGUGCAUCCCGAAAGCCCCCUGUCGGGACACCCCGCUGCUGACACUUCGGACCUGGUACGAUUUGGGGGUCUCCCUGUCCCCAGACCUCUUGAGUCCCUCGGUAGCUGGAAGCCUCCGGCCCGGCGCGCGGCAGACCCCUGGUCUGAGCCCCUGGACUGGGACUGCCCCCCCACCCCAACCCGAGCCGGCACUUCCUCCCUGCACCCCUUCCCGGAGGCUGCCCCUGAGGCCAAGACCGCCACCUCCAACCGGAUCGGCUAUCUGGAUGCUCUCCGGGUUGGGGCCGUGAAGCACCGAGGAGGAUCAGGAACACGGUGUCCGGCCCUGCCUGGGGUGUUUCUUCAAUGGAGAAGUUGGUGAAUGUGGAGGAGGCUGAAAGGAGAGAGAGGAGCUGCAGCUGAAGGGACAGGUUUGAGCUGGCUGGAGGACACUCGUGAGCAGAAGGGGACCUACCCACACACCCAGGGACCUACCCACCCACCCACCGGAGAAGCGGCGGCGGGACUGCUUUGGACCGGCAUCCUCUCUAAAGGUGAAGAAAACUCUUGCUCCGAGGCCUGGACACGCUGGGAACCCCUUCCCCACGAUGCUCCUUGUGCACGAUGGUCAUUAGGCGACCUGUCUACCAAGAGAAGAGUCAUUCUUCUGUAAGGCUGAUUCCUUUGACCUAAUGACUGGUUGGUGAAAAGCGGACUCUGCUAGGAUGUUACACCACCACUGUCGGAGGAACCCUGAGCUCCAGGAAGAAUUGCAGAUUCAGGCUGCGGUAGCUGCCGGAGAUGUUCACACAGUACGGAAGAUGCUGGAGCAAGGCUAUUCCCCAAAUGGCCGAGAUGCCAAUGGCUGGACCUUGCUCCAUUUCUCUGCAGCAAGAGGAAAGGAGAGAUGUGUUCGGGUGUUUCUAGAACAUGGAGCUGAUCCUACGGUUAAGGACUUAAUCGGAGGCUUCACCGCACUGCAUUACGCAGCCAUGCACGGCCGGGCCCGGAUCGCACGCCUGAUGCUAGAGUCUGAAUACAGGAGUGACAUUAUUAAUGCAAAAAGCAAUGACGGCUGGACUCCUCUCCACGUGGCUGCCCACUAUGGUAGGGACUCAUUCGUCCGGCUCCUUCUGGAGUUCAAGGCUGAGGUCGACCCCCUCAGUGAUAAAGGUACAACCCCGCUUCAGCUUGCCAUCAUCCGGGAGAGGUCGAGCUGCGUGAAAAUCCUCCUGGACCACAACGCCAACAUCGACAUUCAGAAUGGAUUCCUGUUGCGCUACGCUGUGAUCAAAAGCAAUCACUCUUACUGCCGCAUGUUCCUUCAGAGAGGGGCAGACACAAACUUGGGGCGCCUGGAAGACGGACAGACUCCUUUACAUUUGUCUGCCCUUCGCGAUGACGUGCUCUGUGCACGGAUGUUGUAUAACUAUGGAGCGGACACGAACACAAGGAACUAUGAAGGGCAGACCCCACUGGCCGUCUCAAUAAGUAUUUCAGGAAGUAGUCGGCCAUGUUUGGAUUUCUUACAAGAAGUCACAAGACAACCCAGAACCCUGCAGGACCUGUGCCGAAUUAAAAUUCGACAGUGUAUAGGCCUUCAAAACCUGAAGCUGCUUGAUGAACUACCAAUUGCCAAGGUCAUGAAAGACUACUUAAAACACAAAUUUGAUGAUAUCUGAUAUACCUGGACUGUGAACAAGAUAAAGAGUUAUUCCAGACACUUAAGAGGCUUUGGGCCUUGCACAAAGUAUAUCCUAUGCAAUUUCUGAUUUGCUGUGAAGUCAGAAGGCAGGUAUACACUUUUAGGUUUUUUGUUUGUUUGCUUUUCAUUUUAGGGGAGGGAUUUUUUUAUACAUAUAUAAACACACACACCACACGCUUGAAGGUCUUAAUUUGGUUUUUUGGUCCAAGUCUAUGAGGUCCAAGCCUUUCUAUACAAUAAUGCAUUUAGAAAAAAUGGUUUUUCCUAAAUGCACCAACACAGGCAGGUUUAAAGUGGAAGGUUUUCCCCUUUAUUGCUCCAGUUUCAUUGGUGAACAAGGUACUAAGAAACUAGUAGAACACUUGUCAAGUCUGGAGGUCUCGGGCUCACCCAGCAGAUCCUGGGUGACGCUGGAAAAAUCCCUACAAAGAAACUUACAGUGAUGCUAUCACCUCCCUCAUUCAUUUUUAAUGAGUACAGAUGAGCUGUUUAAAAAUUCUUUUUUCACUUCUAAUUAAUGUAGCUUUCCAAUGGAAAAAAAAACCAGUACCUCUGCUUCCUUUUGGUGUGCGCUUAUUUUUAAAUUAUUCUUUUUAAACAACUGUAGGACACUAUUCUGAGACAUUGUGUUUCAAUUCCUCUCUCUCUUGUUGAACUGUACUUUUAAAACGAGAUUAAUGGGGAACAGAAUUAACUUUUUAAAGCCAGUGUCUUCUGUUUUUUUAAAAAAAACAGUGCCUAUUGUGCAACUCUCUCUGUGUAGUUUCUCGAUCUCUCACCCGUCCCGUUCCGCCGGCCUCCUCGCAGCCCUCCAUGCAGGACCACCCCUUCCAUUCCCGCCGCAGCGUGUCGCCUCAACCUCCAUUUUAAGUUUUGGUUUUCAUUUCAUUUUAAGGAACAAAUUUCAUAUCCUGGUGAUACAGUGUUCCCUAGAAAUAGCCCACAUUCUUGCUAAACCAUUUGAUUUUAGUGAUUAAAUAAUUUGGGGUAGUUUCAUGGUGUUUUUUUUCCCCCUUUCCUGGUAAUAUGUAUACAUUUAUAUUUUAAGGGUAAAAAUCUCUAAUGGGCACUCUUUUGUGAGGGCACUCUUUUGUGAGCCUGGCAAAUAGCUGGUAUGCUAAUUAAAUAUUUCCUGUUUGGAAGGUAGGUACAGUAAAGCUCUUCAAGACAAAUGUGUUCUUUUCUGAGUUGGUUGUGCAAGAUAAACCCGGAUGUGGUGAAGUACCAAUAGCAAGGGAGGAGGUCCCGUGGGCCCAAGGCUUCAGGGAUGUGCCCCCCACACGUGCUCACUGCUUCAUUCGUCAUCAUGUUAGUGUAAAGAGAUCCUUUCCAAGUGCCCCGAUGUCAUUCUUAGUGCCGUGACAAAUUUUUAAAAUAUUUAUAACUGUUGAUAAAUUUGCUAUCAGAAGUUUGCAAGGUAAGGGCUUCUCCUUUCUUGUCAGAACUGCCAGUUUGGGGGCACCAAGCAUAAAACUCUUUUUACCCCAAAAUGUGAAACUCGGCUUCACCGGGUUCAGGCCAACUGUGGCUGUCUUCUGAAGCCCAGCGUUUGUCAUUUUGGCUGCAAGGUAGCUGUGCCGUCAGAACAUGGACUCUGCAUAGACCUGGAUGGCACACAGACUCCCGAACAGGCAGCUGGGGCAAGAGAGAUGAUUCAGGGACUCGCUCGUGUGCCCAUAGACUCCCUUAAGCAAGCCAGGGAGCAUACAACCAGAGUUAGAGCUGGCCCCUAAGUAGAGCUGGGAACCCAGUGGACAGGCCUGGCUGUUUGCUGUGACCUUAUCUGGAAGGUCAUCUCCAUGGAGAUCCCCCUGCAAAGGCGGCUGUGCAGCUGUGUUCUCAUUCUUUAUUCAGGACCCAGAUCAAGGCUGGAGGCUCAUGAACAGCCUGAGGAACACAGAGUGACCAGUUACCUGAGUGUAACUUCUACUAGAACCCCAAGCCCAGCAAGGGAAGUGGAGGGAGGGAGCCUGGAGUCUGCACUCUGAGCUGCCAUGUUAGUGUCCCAGUUGCACAGGACUCGUGUGUGUGUGUGUGUGUGUGUGUGUGUGUGUGUGUGUGUGUGUUAAUUUAUUCAGCAAGUUGACGACACUCAUUCCCCAGCCAUUCAGAGGGUUCUGAACCAAGCCAUGAGAUUGAGUCAGGGAAUCCCAAGUAAAAAAGAUCCAUAUUAAGGCAAAUUCUUUGUUCUGUGUGCUGCUGUGACUUCAGAAAA